AUGAACGACCCACAUUUGCUGAGCACCGUGCCCCAGGAGGUCCUGGAGCAUAUAGCCUUCGCAGCCGCCACCGACACUUCCGGUCUACUAAGCAACAUCGUCCCCUUACUUCUCACUAGCCGUCACGUACACGGAUGUCUGUCGAUCACCACCAAUCCUCACCUCUACGCUCGCAUUUUCUGUGCCAAGUUUGAUACAGCCGCAGCCAGAGUCAGUUUUGCAUCGAGCUCGGACCAGCUGACGUCGUAUGCGCUCGCAUCCGAACUCCAACGACGGUGUACUGUCCUACAGAGGAUCAAGGCAAGGACCGACUCCACGAAGAGGGCCCGUCGGGCAGCGCAGGCGGAGGACAAGGAGGACUUGAGCCUGACGGUGCACGACGUGCUCUCCACGGCGUACAUCAUGAUGCUGGAGGACGAGGGCAGGAACCGGACUCUGCUUGUGGACUAUGCGGGGAUGAAGAACUGGCUCCGGGAGUUCUGGUUUGACCCGGAUGGCGCUUCACUAGCGAUACAUUCGAUUAGGACCGGCCACUGGCCCCCCAACCGCCCAGAGACGGCGCUGGGGAUGUGGUUGUUCUGGUUCUUACUGUAUACCGACGACUAUCCCUUCAGUGUGAUCGAUGGUCCAGAGGCUCCUGUCAACGUCCUGAAGAUAAUGGCCCUCGGAGCUCAUAUCUAUAACCUCACCACAACAACAUGGUCCCAAUUCGAACCCAACUUCGCAGCACGCAAGACUGUUCCGCCCGAAUCCACGAUACUAUACGGAACGACCAUUGAGCUGACGCCUCCCCCACUUGCGACGGCCGCGAUUUUGUCCUUCCUGGCACUUGUCAAUAAGCGACGCUCAAUUCCAUUGCCACCAUCGAACGUUCCGCGACCGCGCCAUCCGGAAUGGGAAUGGGACACGGAGUGGGGAAAGUGCUUCGUGAAGCCGAGACGUGACUUGACCGAGUGUUUCAGACCUGGAAGCAUUGAAGGUGUAUGGGAAGGCUUUUUUCUGUACUCCGAGUUCACGGCAUACGCUGCUUUGCUAGCGGGAGCGCCACCAGUUAUCCUUCAGAAGAGCGCUGUAGGCAAGCACCAGCAGACUUGGAAGCUUCGCGAACACCACCUUCUGGCUGCGGAUGACGACACAUCAGGAAGUGACUCGGGCAUCGAACUCGACCGCUAUGACGUUCGCCAGGGGAAGAGCACGGAAGCAGGUAUGACGCCGUUGAGGGCGGGCGACCCACUCCGAUCUUACUUCCCGACGGGAGCGCAGAUAAGGGAGGGAAGGGAUGGGCUAGUGGUUCAGGAGUCGUCGGAUUCUAACGCGAGAGUGCUGAGAUACCAGCGGGCGUCAUGUGCGGAGCGAAAAAGGAACGUAGGUGUGGAAGUCUUGGAGGAGGAGCAAUCACGGAAGGUGGUUGAUAUCAUCAUCACAGGAGAGGGACAUUCGGCUUGGGGCCAAUUUAACCUCGUAGGUAGGAUUCGCCCAUGCGACGGUUUUAUAAGCCUGUCGAAGGACUAUGUCGACGGUGACCGAGGCAAAUGGCUGUACAGAGGCUAUCUCGUUGGAAACACGAACGGGAAUUUGGCUGGGAGAUGGAGAGACACCCUGAGCCCGGCCGAAGUCCCUGGCUAUGAAGGCUGUUUCGUUAUGAGUCGCAGAAGAUGA